CUUCUUAUAUAUAAAUAUAUAUGAAUAACUUCUCCAAAACCCAAUUUUAAUAAUUAACCAUUCUUUCUUUCAAACCCCAUCAGUUUUCUCCCCGUGGAAAUUAAGCAGCAGCUCUGUGUGUCUCUGAGUUGAUUACGUACAGUAUCAAAGCUUUAAACCCAGCUAGCAUGGCAGAUGCAUUGACAGAAGAUCAGGUUGCAGAGUUCCGAGAAGCCUUUUGUCUCGUUGACAAGGACUCGGACGGGUACAUUACUAUGGAAGAAUUGGCAACGAUCAUUCAGUCAUUCAAUGAAAACCCCACAAAAGAAGAAGUUCGAGACAUGAUUGGUGAAGUUGAUGCUGAUGGAAAUGGGACCAUAGACUUUGAAGAAUUCUUGAAUAUUAUGGCAAGAAAAAUGAAGGAAAAUGUUGCCGAGGAGCUAAAAGAAGCCUUCAAAGUUUUUGACAGGGAUCAAGAUGGAUAUAUUUCAGCCAAUGAGCUGAGACAUGUAAUGAUGAAUUUGGGGGAGAGAUUGACAGACGAAGAGGCUGAGCAGAUGAUUAAAGAGGCUGAUUUAGAUGGUGAUGGUCAAGUCAGCUAUGAAGAGUUUGCAAGGAUGAUGAUGCUCAAUUGAUUUAAAACGAAAUAAAAAUAGAGUCAUGCAUGACACCUUAAACAUUUUGAAUGCCCCCAUGCCUUUCCUUUCGUUGAUGCUAGUGAUUUCUAGCAAGGUUUGCAGGGCAAUAGAUGUACGUACAUAAAAUUG